GGUACUUGGGUGGUUUACGCCAGUCUAUGCGUCUCGAAUUAUUUUAUUUUAUUUUUUUUAUUUUAAAUUUUUUUUUCUGGUUUCAUGACAUGUCAUUAUCAUGCACGGCCCUGUAAUGACGUGGAGCAGGAGUUUUAAGCUAAUGAUAGCGUUACUGAUAAAUUGGGAAUUUGUAAUAUUGACAUUAGCCCAUCUUAACAAAGACGAUGCAGAAGUCGUUACAAACGGAUCAAAUGAGUCGCUCGAAGCACAGCAGUCUUCCGCGGACGCUCACGAAGAUGACUGUGAACGAUAUCUCAACACUUCAGCGUUUUCAAGUGAUCCAGCGGACGACUCGACGAUCCAGUCCACUUUCAGAUGCCAUGCAUGUGAGGACCACAGUCUGGUCACCGGAGCGAGUACCUCGCGAAAGGACGAGUUUGAGGAGGUUCUCCGAGGACCUGUGACUUGGCGAUUCUUGAGUGAUCAACAGAAUCUGAAUGGAGUCGUGGUGUCUGAUGACUCUCAGCCGGUGUUUACAUGUGGCAAGGAACACCUUUGGAUCAAGUUUUCCAUGACGCUGCACUCGAACCCGCGCUUGAUUAUCAAGACUGAAUGGGCAGAUUCACACACACAAAAGCAGUGCCGAUGCAUCAGAAGGAAUCAUGGGCCAUCAAUGCUGCUGACGAUCUACUUCAAAGAGUGCUAUGCUUCAAAUUGGACUCGAGACAGAAGGAUGUACUACUCUGUAGGAAUACUUUACUUUGAUCACCUUCUAAUGAAGAGAUUCUCCGGCAUUGCCACCUGUCAUGCUGCCAUCCUGCCACAUAAUGCACUUUCUACAGAAGAAUCACCUGAAGUUAUCUGUGGAAAGCCAUUUGUGAUUGUAAAAUUACCAGCCAAGAGGAUUAAAAGUGUUAAAGUUUUGGGUAUGUCCAGGCAAUUGCCUCGUGCAGUUCUUUGGAAUAGUCACCAUACUGUGUUUGUCAAAUUGAAACGCUCCACAGUCAAGGAUGGUAUUUUCCGGCUGGAUUAUCUUGAUGUGGCUGGAAAAUUGCAGACAGUCAUGUUGUCCUGUGUUCAACAGACGUUUAAAAAGGACAUCAGAAAACGAAGACAAAACCCUUUUGAUUUUAUUCGGGAAUAUGAUUCAGUACCUACUGUUGGGGCAAAUUUAGGUCUUUUGGACUUUGAAGUCAAACCCACUGUUCCUUGUGGGGAAUUUGAAAAAACACCUAAAACGACCCAAAUGAUGCUUGCAUCCAGCACAACAACAUUUUCAGACCCCAGUACAUGGACAAACACAAAUCCCUUUAGGUCACCUGAGAUAACUAUUGGAACAACCCAGAAAGCAGAAACCUCAAGUGCUGCUACACAGUCAAGUGGAAUGACCAAAACUGUAACUUCUGUUGUUGAUGCUGAUGCAGAAUUUGGGACCGAUUUUUAUUUCAAACCCACUGUUCCAUGCGGGGAAUUUGAAGAAACUCCUAAAACUACCCAAAGGAUACUUCCAUCCAGCACACCUAUACAUCCUGAUCCCACUUCAUGGACAAACGCAGAACCCUUCAGGCCACCAGAUAUUACUCUUGGUACAACCAAAGAAGGGGAAUCCUCAAGUGCAGCUACACAACCAGACAGGAUCACCAAAACUGCAACUCCUGUUGUUGAUGCCGAUGUAGAGUUUGGGACAGAUUUUGACCUUUCCACACCCACUGUUCCCUGUGGGGAACUUGAAAAAAACCUUAAAACUACCCAAAGAACACUUUCAUCAAGUAUUCCCACUCAAACAGGCCAGUCUACAUUGAAAAGCACAAGACAUGACUCUGAAUGGGGUUUCUCAAAUAUCCCAUUGACUUCUUUGAGUUCUGCAGAAACAACUCACUCAGUUAGCUCAACAGAAAUUGUAUUGAAAACAUUCACACCUGUUAUGACAACUGCUGGAGCAACAACCUUACCUGAAACCAUGCCUUAUUUAACAUCUGUUGCUGGAACCACAAUAGCUCUGAUAACUACUUCUGCUGAAACUACUUUUCCAGACACCACUUCCAUAGAAACUACUUCUCAGAGAACUAAUACUGCUGAAAUAAUGCCCUCCAAUAGUUCAACAAUAAAUACUUUAGGAGCAUCCACAAAUGUAAUGACAACUGUUGGAGCACCAAUCUCACCUGACCCAACACCUGCCGCAACGUUUGCUGUUGAAACCACAAUGGCUAAAACUACCACAGAGACUGCAACCCUUGCCCCCACUGCUGAAGAAACUACUAACUUUGUCACCUCUUCUGCUGAAAAUACAUCCUUAGUUAGUUCAACAGGAAUAGUAUUGGAAACGUUGACACCAGUAAUGACCACUGCUGGAAAAACAACUGCAGCUUUAACCAACCCUGGCUUAACAUCUGCUAUUGAAUCAACAAUGAAUCAAACUAGCGCUCCUUCAGAAACUACUACCCUUGGCAUCACUUCUGUUGAAAGCACAACCCAGAGAACCACUUCUGCAGGACCUUCUACCCUUGGAGCCACUUCUGUGGAAAGCACAACCCUGGGCACAACUUCUGCACAAACAACAUCCUCUAUAAGUUCAACAAGAAUCUUGGAAACAUCCAUGCUUGUAAUGACAACUGCUCAGCCAAUGGCAUCCAGCUUAACUACCCCUGCCUUAACAUCUGCUGUUGAAACCACAUUGGCUCAAACUACACAUUUUACAGAAAUUAGUACGCUUGAGGGCAUUUCUGCAGCAAGUACUUCACUUGACACCCCUUUUGAAGGAAGUACAACCUUGGGCACAACCUCUGCUGAAUCUACUACCCUUGGCAUCACUUAUGCAGAAACCACUUCUACUUCUGUAGAAAGCACAACCCUGGGCACGAUUUCUGCAGAAACUACUACCACUUCUGUAGAAAGCACAACCCUGGGCACGACUUCUGGAGAAACUACUACCACUUCUGUAGAAAGCACAACCCUGGGCACGAUUUCUGGAGAAACUACUACCACUUCUGUAGAAACCACAACCCUGGGCACAACCUCUGCUGAAUCUACUACCCUUGGCAUCACUUCUGCCGAAACCAUUUCUACUUCUAUAGAAAGCACAACCCUGGGCACGACUUCUGCAGAAACUACUGCCCUUGGCAUCACUUCUGCAGAAACUACUACAACUUCUGAAGAAAGAACCACCCUGGGAACCACUGCUGCAGAAACUACUACCCUUAGUACCACUUCUGUAGAAAGCACUACCUUGCGCACCACUUCUGCAGGAAAAACAUCCUCUGUAAGUUCAACAGGAAUCUUGGAAACAUCCAAGCUUGUGAUGACAACUGCUGGAACCGCAGCAUCAACCAUAACUAUGCCUGUCUCAACAUCUGCGGUUGAAACCACAAUGGCUCAGACUAUUUUUAUAGAAACUACUACCCUUGGCAUCACUUCCACAGAAAUUUCUACCACUUCUGAAGAAAGAACAACCCUGGAAACCAUUACCUUUGGCACCACUUCUGUAGAAAGCACAACCCUGGGCACAACUUCUGCAGAAACUACUACCACUUCUGUAGAAAGCACAACCCUGGGCACAACUUCUGCAGAAACUACUACCACUUCUGUAGAAAGCACAACCCUGGGCACAACUUCUGCAGAAACGAGUACCCUUGGCAUCACUUCUGCAGAAACUACUACCACUUCUGUAGAAAGCACAACCCUGGGCACAACUUCUGCAGAAACUACUACCACUUCUGUAGAAAGCACAACCCUGGGCACAACUUCUGCAGAAACGGCUACCCUUGGCAUCACUUCUGCAGAAACUACUACCACUUCUGUAGAAAGAACAACCCUAGGCACAACUUCUGCAGAAACUACUACCACUUCUGUAGAAAGCACAACCCUGGGCACAACUUCUGCAGAAACGGCUACCCUUGGCAUCACUUCUGCAGAAACUACUACCCUUGGCAUCACUUCCACAGAAAUGUCUACCACUUCUGAAGAAAGAACAACCCUGGAAACUAUUACUUUUGGCACCACUUCUGCAGAAAGCACAACCCUGCGCACAACUUCUGCAGAAAGCACAACCCUGGGCACAACUUCUGCAGAAACAGCUACCCUUGUCAUCACUUCUGCAGAAACUACUACCAUUUCUGUAGAAAAAACAACCCUAGGCACAACUUCUGCAGAAACUACUACCACUUCUGUAGAAAGCACAACCCUGGGCACAACUUCUGCAGAAACGGCUACCCUUGGCAUCACUUCUGCAGAAACUACUACCUCUUCUGUAGAAAGCACAACCCUGGGUAUGACUUCUGCAGAAACUACUACCCUUGGCAUCACUUCCACAGAAAUGUCUACCACUUCUGAAGAAAGAACAACCCUGGAAACCAUUACCUUUGGCACCACUUCUGUAGAAAGCACAACCCUGGGCACAACUUCUGCAGAAAGCACAACCCUGGGCACAACUUCUGCAGAAACGGCUAUCCUUGGCAUCACUUCUGCAGAAACUACUACCAUUUCUGUAGAAAAAACAACCCUAGGCACAACUUCUGCAGAAACUACUACCUCUUCUGUAGAAAGCACAACCCUGGGUAUGACUUCUGCAGAAACUACUACCCUUGGCAUCACUUCCACAGAAAUUCCUUCCACUUCUGAAGAAAGAACAACCCUGGAAACUAUUACCUUUGGCACCACUUCUGUAGAAAGCACAACCCUGGGCACAACUUCUGCAGAAACGGCUACCCUUGGCAUCACUUCUGCAGAAACUACUACCACUUCUUUAGAAAGCACAACCCUGGGUAUGACUUCUGCGGAAACGGCUACCCUUGGCAUCACUUCUGCAGAAACUACUACCCUUGGCAUCACUUCUGCAGAAACCACUUCUACUUCUGUAGAAAGCACAACCCUGGGCACGACUUCUGCAGAAACUACUACCACUUCUGUAGAAAGCACAACCCUGGGCACAACCUCUGCUGAAUCUACUACCCUUGGCAUCACUUCUGCAGAAACUACUACCAUUUCUGUAGAAAGAACAACCCUGGGCACGACUUCUGCAGAAAAUACUACCACUUCUGUAGAAAGCACAACCCUGGGCACGACUUCUGCAGAAACUACUACCACUUCUGUAGAAAGCACAACCCUGGGUAUGACUUCUGCAGAAACGGCUACCCUUGGCAUCACUUCUGCAGAAACUACUACCAUUUCUGUAGAAAGAACAACCCUAGGCACAACUUCUGCAGAAACAGCUACCCUUGGCAUCACUUCUGCAGAAAACUACUACCAUUUCUGUAGAAAGAACAACCCUGGGCACGACUUCUGCAGAAAAUACUACCACUUCUGUAGAAAGCACAACCCUGGGCACAACUUCUGCAGAAACUACUACCACUUCUGUAGAAAGCACAACCCUGGGCACAACCUCUGCUGAAUCUACUACCCUUGGCAUCACUUCUGCAGAAACCACUUCUACUUCUGUAGAAAGCACAACCCUGGGCACGACUUCUGCAGAAACUACUACCACUUCUGUAGAAAGCACAACCCUGGGCACAACCUCUGCUGAAUCUACUACCCUUGGCAUCACUUCUGCAGAAACUACUACCAUUUCUGUAGAAAGCACAACCCUGGGCACGACUUCUGCAGAAACUACUACCACUUCUGUAGAAAGCACAACCCUGGGUAUGACUUCUGCGGAAACGGCUACCCUUGGCAUCACUUCUGCAGAAACUACUACCAUUUCUGUAGAAAGAACAACCCUAGGCACAACUUCUGCAGAAACAGCUACCCUUGGCAUCACUUCUGCAGAAUCUACUACCACUUCUGCAGAAAGCACAACCCUGGGCACAACUUCUGCAGAAACGAGUACCCUUGGCAUCACUUCUGCAGAAACUACUACCACUUCU